CUUGAUGGCAAGUUAUUUACCUUACACUUACAUACGGGAAUUUUUUGUGUUUUUUGUUGAUAUCGUCAUCAAAAUUGGGGUAUCAGGCAGGGCAGAUUCUAGAGGAUGUUUUUAUUUAAUUAAAAGUAAACAGGUACCACGGACGCUCAACAUCGUGGAGUAACAACUCACAGGCCUCUAGAAUGGCUUCGGGACAUACUAUUUAUGGGUUACCGCCAGAUAACGUAAGUUUUCCUCAAUGUUGCAUUUAUGUAGGGUAGGGCUAUUUAAUUUAUUGAUUAAAACUAAUUUCUUCGCUACCCUAACCUCAGACUACCCUGAUCUCUGAUACUGAUGCGCAUAGGCCAUACAUAGGCAUAGUAUAGUAUAGUAUAGCACACAAGCAACACCAAGGCCAUCAUCAAAGGAGAUAUGAACUUGAGCUUGGCUUGGACUUAGACUUAGUCAGAUUAGUAUUAGUAAAUUAGACUUAUUUGGUACUUUGACAUACAUUUUAAAUUUUAAAUAUUGGAUGAAUGCUAUAAUUUAUAGUAUAAAACUAAAAACUAAAAGAUACAUCAUUUUAAUUUAUACUAUGUAAUCAUGACUAUAAGUUAUAUAAUAUUAUUAUUUAGGCAUAUUAAUAUAGGCUAUAGGCCUAACUAUUAUAGGCCUAUUGCAUAAACUGCAAUAAGAUUUACUUUAUAGUUUAUUAUAAAAAUAAAAACAUACUUAACAUACAUUUUGACUUGUUACCUAACUUACUAACUUCUAAAUUUGAUCUUUCUUUCUAAUUGUUAGCUUUUACUUUUAUAGAAGUAGAAGUGGAUUUAUGAUUCGUUGUUGAAUUUUCAAAUUUCAAGAGCUUCAUUGAGCGGCAUGACCUUAUUUAUCUUUGUAUUUAUUUACAAAAACUUUUACACAAAUUAAAUUUCUGCUUAUUUUGCUCACAACUUCUAAUAUAAUGGUACCAAAUUUUCAGGAGACAUUAAUAAUAAUAAUAAUAAAGUUUAUUUAAAAAACACGCUUCAUCCCCAAAGGCUCGAAGCGCGGUACAAAGUAAAAAAAAAAAAUGUUUUUUAAAAAUUAAAAAAUUAUAAUUUACCACAUUUAAAACAAACGCAACACUACAAAAACUAAUUACAAGCAUACUAAGUCAAAGUAUUUCUACCCAUUUCAACCCUAAGAAACACAGUCAAUAUGCAUUAAAUGGAAAAUAUGGUAGAUAAUCAUCCUAGAAGGUGUUUGCGAAAUAGAUGUGUCUUUUGAAAUCGGUUUUAAAGUACUCCAAUGUCUGGUUGUUUCUGAGAUCGACUGGAAGGGCGUUCCAAAUUGUUGGACCAGCAAAUGCGAAAGUGCGCUUUCCGUAAGUCUCAAGGCAACACGUGGUGUCGAGAGUUUGCCACUGUAGGAUGAGCGGAGUAGUCUAGUGGGUACAUAAGGCGUCAGCAGCUCUUUCAGAUAGGUCGGCACCAGGUCAUGCAAGCAGCGGUAGCACAACGUUGCGAUUUUGUACUUAAUGCGAGCACGGACCGGCAGCCAGUACAACUCUCUCAGAAGUGUUUUAGCAUGGUCGAACUUGCGUUUGCAAGUCCAAAUUUCAAAUAAAAACUUCUUGUUACAAAGUGCAAGGCUACUUGACAUUUGGGACCGCUGUUCUGAGGAGUGCUGAUAAUAGACCUGUUUACUCAUGCGAUUAGGCAUACAAUAUACCACUUUGAGAUGUCUCGUAUGCCAAGACCUGUCAGAACUGCAUCUAUAAAAUACCACCGCCACACUUUCGUAUUGAUAGUGGUAUAUAGUUGCUUUGUGCUUCAUAAUGAACUCGCUUAACAAAGUGACAGGAAUAUUAGCGUAGUCACCCUAGUGACAAUUUUAGUGAAUCUGGGGCCAUCCAUAUAUUUUGCAUGCACUGAGGCAGUAACUUCCAGCUGCAACAAGAUGGCAGAAAAACAAAACAAAAAGAACACAAAAGGAAGGAAACAUGGAUUUCACCAAAAAUUAAUUGUUGGAAAUAGUUCCUUCUGUGGAAAAUAUGAUUAAGAAUCUUGACAGGAUCAGAAUCUUUUUUCAGAUACAUAUUUUUUCCUUUCAACAACAUUUUGUUAACAAAAUCUUCAUUAUUACUAUACAAAGGAUAACUUCAAGCAACAAAAAGGCUGUAUAGUAAUACACAAAAGGAAGGAAUUCUUAAUUUCAACAAAAAUUAUUUAUAGGAAAUAAUCAUUUAAGUGGAAAUAUACUAAAGACUCUGGCCGGAAGAGGUAGUACCCCUGAUGGGGGAAAAAGUUGUGUUCCUAGGAGCAGUUCGUCCGCCUUGGUCCUCUCCUGUCACUCAACUCUCACCGGAGGCUCCCCGUAGCUGAUAACAUGCAACAGCGGCCAUACCUUGAGCAACAGCUUCCACUGUCCAGCUAAACCAGGUGAGUGUAGCUGAUGAGCCUCAAACCCUCAGUGAUUUAGGUCUGCCUACCUACUGCAUGCGAAGCCUGGUCGUCAACAGAUCCUGCGGAGGAGACCAUGAUGGCGAUUACAGCAACGCAUCGUGGAGUGUGUAGAGCAAGAUAAGGCACAUAGAACAUUUAGGUCAUCCACUGCAUGCGUACCCAUCUCCGGUCGUCUUGACUUAGUCUUGCCACUGGACAAAGUGGGUCCGGACGAGAGAGUGAGGUUGAUGCUGCUCAACUCUUCCUCAAUUUAAACAAAGUCAUCCGCGCAAGUCAUCAGUCAUCCAACACCCAUCCCAAGUCCUGUGGGGACGGGCAGGCUCUCCUAAAUGCAAUAGGCAUGGUCUAGAACAGGUGCCCAAAACAUUGCCUGCUCCUUCACACCCUGGCCGGCUAAACACGGUGGGCGGGGACCCAAUUUCUGCUGUAGAAAAUCAAAGAUAAACUCUAUUUCACUUAAAAUUGCCACAUUGAACAUCCGUACACUGCUUGACUGGGACAUUUUUAUUAUUCCGAGCACGGGUCGGACUAGCAAGCCACCUACGAGCUCACCGUAACCCACCCUCCCCCCUAACUGGAUGACUCCCUGGUCCUAUUACAUUUUGACGGACGAAAAACAACAACAACAUGAACUGAAAUAUGGGGGGGGGGGGGGUGGUCAAUUUUUUCCUCUUUGCUUAGGGGGGGAGCUCGGAGGAAUUGAGCUCAUUGAUGAUCAGUGAGAACCUGUACCUCAUUUGCUUCAUGGUCUGAAUAGGUCAAAGGUCAUUUCAAUUUUUUACUCUUUGCGUAAGGGGGAGGUGUGGAAUCUAAAAGCCCUAAUACAAUCAGCAUGUGGAAUUGAUGUGUAAAAACGAGCAGAAAUCAAACAAAGACACACCAGUAAGAAUUAGAAGGAAAAAUAAUUAAUUCAGCUUUUUGGAUCAAUAUCAACAAAUGGAAUUAAUGCUCUUCAAUUAAUGUCCCUCAAUUUCCCUGUAUUUCUUUUCGUAUUAUUUUAAAUGUAUCUAAAAUAUUUUAUUAUGUUAAAAUCUUAUUUUUCGCAGUAAUAAUACAUAAAUUCUUAUACUUCCUGUAAUCUUAGAUUUAGAAAAAACCAACUUCCAGCAAAAACAAUGGCAAACAAUAUAGUUUUUGAACUAGUUUCUACUUCUGGUCUUUUUUUCAUUUGUCCUGUCUGCUGAGGAAGGCUCUUAUUCGAAACUUUCUUCUAUUAUUUUCCUGUCUUUCUAUUCAAGAUUCCGCAAACCUUGUUCUACUGUUUCCUUCUAAUAGGUUAAGGCUAAAUAAAGACUAAGGCUUAUUAAGAUGACCAUUUUUGUUUUCAAAAUCAAAACCAGGACAUUUUAAACCAGGACAUUUACUAUGAUUUAAAUUGUUUUAUGCUAUGGGUAUCCAAAAAUAAUUAUUUCUGAUUACAGUUACACUGAGAUCUCAUCUGUCAAUGAGGUGGAGAUCUCUUCUGUCAAUGAGGUGGAGAUAUCUUUAGUCAAUGAGGUGGAGAUCUCUUUUGUCAAUGAGGCAGAUAUCUCUUCUGUCAUUUAGGCGGAGAUCUCUUCUGUCAAUGAAGCAUUCUUUUGAAAAUUUUGUGAUGCCAAUUUUAAUUAAUUACAUUUCUUUUAGUUUUUUAAAUUUUUAUGCCAGAAUAGGUUUCAAAUUUGGAAUACCUAUAUGUUAUAUUUUUAAAAAUUCAAUUUUUAAUUAAAAAAAAUAAAUAUUAUAAAAGCCUAAAUACUUUGUUCCAUGUGAUUGAUUGAUGCAACAUUCAGUUUCUGAAUGGAAAAACAAUUAGCCAAGAAGGGGAGAGGCAGAGGGAACUUAAUCCCACAGACCACACAUCAUUCACCAGAGUGUGUUUUGGUGUUGGAAUGUCGAGAUUACUGCAUGCAUCUUUUCCAUAUCAACAUAGGAUUUAUGAAUAGAGAAUGUUCCACUCAUAUUUGGUGGGUGUUGGGGGAUCAUGUCAAUAGAAGUUAGAAAUAGGAAGAGUUGCAUUUUUUUGCAUUAGAAAAAGUAUCUUCUCAGUUCUGGGAUCGAUAAAUUAUUUAGUGGAAUCACUUCAUUUAUAUAGUCAUUUCUUUUUAAUGGCAUCUGCCAUGUCAUUCAAAUUUAUAAAAUUAAUAAAGUAUUUUCUUUGCAAAAAGACAGAAAAAUUUGAAAUAAGUCAUUUCGCAGGCUUAGUGGUGCAGAAUGCAUAAAACAAUCAUUAUUGGAUUAGCCACAAACUUACUUUUAAUCAAUGUAAGGCUACAGAAAUUAAUGUAAUAUAUUAAUAGGGUUUUCCGACUUGAAAAUAGCUCAAGGGAAAGGAUUGGCAACCUUUUUUGAGUAUGAGCCAUUUUGUAAAUAAUUUACAUUAAACUAUUUAUAGAACCGCUGACAGUAAUGAAAGGGGAGAGCAAUGUGUUAAGGCACCUGGAGUAAUAUUUUCUUCUGAUGCGUUUUAAGUUUAAACUACAUCAAAAUAAAUAUAAUUAAAUUAUUUAUUCAGUCUUUUUAAAGUACAAAGUUAUAUGUUUAGUAAUAAAAAUAACCACUUUUUUUUUUCAUUCUGUAGUUGCAGGUUGAUGAUCACCGCCUUUAGAUCUUUUUUAAUGUACUGCAAAGUGUGUAAGGCCUUUACAAUAUUAACCAUGUGUUUUUCAGUUUAAAUUUUUUAAAAGCUUUCUAUUUGUCAUGGGUCACAAACUUUGCAGUUUGCCCGUUGAACAGCCUGGACUUAUGAUGUGAUUGGAGAUCGAGACAGCAAAAUAAAAAUAAAAAAUUAGAUCAAGUCCAGUGUGGAUCAGAAAAAAAUAUAUUUUUCAGUCAAUAUUAUCUGAUAUUCUCAUGAUUAUUUUUGCAGAAUGAAGGUGAAAUGAAACUGUUACGUAUUAAAGUGAUCGAAGGUGUUAAUUUAGCAAAAAAAGACAUAUUUGGUGCUAGGUAAGUUUGCAAUGCAAUUUUAUUAAGGCCAGCAGUUUUAUAGUUUAAGUAAAGGUCGACAUAUUUUAUGUAUUUUUUAUUUAAUUUUUUGUUUCUCCUUUCAUAAAGGAUUGAUUAAAAUCAGUUUUUCUUUUCCUAUUUUUUUAUAGUGACCCCUAUGUAAAACUAUCUUUGAAUCAAAAAGGAGUUCUUGUUGAUACUAAACAAACCCAUGUUGUUAAGAAAGUAAGUAUACUAAUGUUAUACAUUUUUUUACUUGCUGUUGUAUGUAUUUUAGUUUUUGUCAGAUUUUCUUUUGUUUUGAGUUUUUCCAUGACAUAUCACAGAUUAAAAAAAAAAAAUUUCACCAGAAAUAUUUUUGAUAACUGUAUCUUCUGAAAUUCACGUAAUAAUAAACAUUAUUAACAAAAUUUUACUUUGAUAAUUAAUUAAAAAGAUAAUCCCUUGAAACAAACAUACUUUAAAUCUUGAUAUAUUUUUUUCUUUUAGUCUCUCAAUCCUAAGUGGUAUGAGGAGUUUAUAUUUAGGGUAAGUCUUCAAUAGAAACCAUGAUUUAAAAAGGGAACAAACAUUAAUACUGAUUUUAGAAAUAAUUAUUUAAAAAAAUCAUUAAUGAAUGCUUCUUGAAAAUUUGUUUGAGUGUACACAGGAGAGUUAACAGCAUUACUUGAAAUACUUUCAGGUUUUUAUUGGAUGAGAAGUCCUUAAAAAAUCAACUAUUCUGUAACCAAAUGAUGCAUUUUAGUGGCUCCUUUAUUGACAUUGAAUGAACAGUUUGAAUUACUUGUACAAGUUAAUUUUAAUCUUGAAAACUCUCACAGGUAAAUCCAGAAAACAGUAUCAUCCUCCUGGAAGUUUUUGAUUCCAAUCGUGUGGUAAGUUUUGAACUGACAUGGACAUAAAUAUUGAUAAAUGUAAUUAAAUGAUCUUGAUUAAAACAUCUAAAUUUUAAUUUAAAUCUAAUACUUACUAACAUGUCUUAAAAGAAUAUAAAAAAUUAUUCUGUCCUCUUAUACUGUUUUUUUUUUAUUAUUAAGGGUAGUCAUGUAACUAAAUAUCAAUAUUAUUCCUAGUAUUAAAAAAAUAUUACAGCUAAUCUUAAUAUAAAAGAAGCAAGAAUUUAUUUUCAGACAUAAGUCAAUUUUUGGAGAUUUAUAAAUUGUUUUUUUUUUUUUACAAGCAAGCAUAAUAUUGAUAUAUUGUUUAAGACAAUGUACUAUGUAUAGAUAUAAAUUUAGGAUAUUAAAGAACACUUUUUGGUUUAAUAAUUCUUGUUUGCUUUAACUGCAUUUUAACAAAAAAUUGUUUGUUUCAUUUAGACCCGAGAUGACUUUUUAGGUUUGAUUGAGCUGAACUUAAAUCACAUGUCUAUUGUAACAGAAAGAACUGGCAGAGACAUUUCUUGUAAAAAUUUUGUUCUAAGACCUAGAAGGUGGGUACUUCAGGCACUGGAAGGAUAUCUUAUAUUGUAACUGAGAAAUUCCCAUACUUUUUAAUUUGGAUUAAUACUUAAAACAGAUUUUUAAAGACUGAUGAACACUUGGAGAUGAUAUUUAAAAGGGGUGGAUGUACUUGAAAGGAACACUCGAUAGGAGUGGAUUAUCAGCUAAAAAGACAAAUAUAUUAGCAUUAAUCAUUCAUUUUAAAUGUAGAACAAAUUAUAAUUUUAUUAAACUUUUUGUAUUUUAGUUCCCGUUCAAGGGUUCGGGGCCACUUAUCUCUUUAUUUAGCCUAUAUAGGCAAUGAAGAUGAAAGAGACGGAGCAGAUGACACAGCAUCAGGCGUUGCUCUGAAUGAGGUUAGUAAUAGUUAACCUGCUAUCUAUGUCAAUUCAUGUGAAUGUGUAUAGGGACAUUUUUAAAGUUUUUUUUUUAAUUGGUUAAAUUUGAGAUUAGUUGUUAACCUUAGAUUUUACUUGCUUCACCUGGAUUGAAUGGACAUAAUUAUUACCCAACAUGUGAUAAUUUUUUCCUCUUUUUUUAAUUUAUCUUUUCGUAAUUAUUUUGAAGCAGCCUGGCUGGGAAUUGGUGGAGCUUGAGCCUUCUCCUGCAUCAGAUGUUGGGGCCUCUGGACCUACAGUACAGGACCAGGAUUCUAGUGUAAAUCGCCAGCCCUUACCACCUGGUUGGGAACAUCAGACUGAUCCAUCUGGUAAAGUUUACUAUGUUAAUCACUCUACAAGAACAACACAGUGGAAUAGACCUACUGAGUAAGUUAAUCCAGUUAAUUUUUUAAAAAAUAAUUUUUUUUUUAACCAAUGUAGAAUUUCUGUUGGUUUAUUUUAUGCUUGAAAUGUAUAAUUAAAGAAUAGGUGGGUUUCUAAAUAUGUUUUUUCUUCUUAUUGAAUAACUUCAUUAGGUCAUCCACAUUGCCACCAGGAUGGGAAGAGAGGACAGAUGCUAAUGGACGAUUUUAUUAUGUCAAUCACCUCACACGCACCACACAGUGGGAGAGACCAAUAGGGUAGAGCUUUUUUUUUAAUUUAAGAGACUAUGGUAUGAUAUAAGUUGACUUAAUAAAUAAAUGAUUAUAAUUUAUGCGACUCUUAACGGGUGAACAAACUGAGAAAUAGGAUUACUAGGAUUAAAGCAAAAUUAAUUCCAUUUCCUCUUAUAUAGUGGAGCAGACACUCCUUCUGCGGUUGACGUUCAACGUCAGCGCAGUUUAGAAGCCCAGCAAUUGUACAGAAAUCGUAGACACAUUAGCCAAGAUGACACUCUUAGUCUCUCUACCUCAGUUAGUGAAACUAAUAUACACGGGGACGAGGAAAGAAGGGUGAGUACAUAUUUUUAAUUAAUUAAUUUAAUAUCCAUCAAAAUUAUUUAUCAGCUUAUAAUUUCCUUGAGAAAUUCCUCUACUGAAUUAUAUAGUUGUUACAAUUAAAAAUUUAAUUAUUAAUUUUUAUAAGUCUUAAAGAUAACUAUGCUCUUUAACACUAUGUUAUGUUUUCAUUUUACAUUAAUUUAAGUAAAAGGACAGUGGCUUUAAAAGGUAUAAAUAUUAGAAAGUUCAAAUUCCUUUUUUUUUUAUUUUAUAAAAAACAAACAAAUGGUAUUUGUAUUUUUUAUGAAAUUCUUUAAAAAAUAGUGUUUGAAAUGUUUUAAAAAAAUUAAUGUUAUAUAAGUUGUCAAAUUUAACGCAUUUAUUGACAAAAGACCACACAUGAUAGUUUCAACCAAUGUUCAAGUUGGAUUUGCAAAGACAUCCUAAACCUAGUACAAAUACAAAUUAUUUUUCCAAAAUUGAUCAGGUUUUGCAAUUAAUAUUAUAUUUCUUCAAAUUGAAUUUCUUAAACUGACUUAUUAUUUUAUUUUAACUCAAAUAUAAAAUAUCUACAUCACACAAACAAGACUCCCUAAUUAAUAAUUUAAUUUCAACUUUAAAUAAAAUACAUCUUCUACGUGCAUGAUGCUACUGAACAUGAUUAUAGUGGGUUGUGGGGGAUAGCCCAUUGCACAAUAAUUAUAUCAUUAGUUAUGUAUUUACUAAACCAGGAUUAACAGUUUAAUGGAUUAAUGGAUAAAACUACACAUGUGAUUGUAGAUCAAAUGUUGACAUGGAUUUAAAUUUAAAUAUUUUUUAUUUAGUUUACAACAUUCACAGUUUAAUUUAAAUUACCCUUGCACUAUAUGUCUGAUCUUUUGACCACUGAUGUGUAAAACUAUCUGGGUUGAUGGUGAAAAAACAACUUAAUCCCCCUUAAACCCUGAAGCACUUUUAUUAUAUUUAUAUUUGCAAUAUCACCUAAUUUUAUGACUAAAUUAAAGUUACAUAAUUUUAUCAGCUCUAAAAAAACACAUAGUAAAUUUUUAAAUAUUUUUUUUUAACCUCACUAGAGUUUUAAAAAUUCCUAAAUAAAAUUUUAAGACAAUUCUUUCCAAAACCAACAGACAUGGAAUAUUUAUGUCUUAUGAAUACUCGAAUCAUUUGCAGAUUUUUAUCUUUAGAGCUGGCCUUCUGUCACAUAUUGAAAUUCUUAAAUGGGAAAAUGAAAUAUGUUUGUUUCCUUAAAAAUCUUUAUUUCACCAUGAAAUAAGUAUAUACGAAAAGAAAGAUAUGACUUUUGAAUGCUUCGUUUGUUUUGCUAUUGGACUCUUUAAAGUCAAAAAAGCCAAAUAAAUCUCUUAUUAUUGUAAGUUACAAUCAUAUUUGUUUAUUUUUAUAUUAAGUGAGCACAUUUAUGCAUAUCCUCUCUUCAAAGAGUUUAUUUAAGGAGCAGAUUUGAAUCAACACAGACCUCUGCAUUUCAUUAGCAAAUAAUUUAUAUAAAAAUUAAUCUCAGAAAGAAUUGACUUUAAUUUAAUAAAUCUUAAUUCAACAUGUUUUAUUUUAAAGUUUUUAAAAACAUAUAUAUACAUAUAAAUUAUUGAUAAGGCAAGCCUGGAAAUGAAUAUAUACAGUAUUAUUAAUAAAGAACAUGUAAAUUAUCUUUUUAAGUAGAAUAUAUCAUCAGUUUGAACUACUAAUUCUUUUUGUUCCAGAGACGAAGUAUGCCUUCAUCAGUAAGUCAUCUUUCCACUUAAAAUGUUUGAUUAGUCUUUGUCUGACUUGGAGACUUGCUUUUUUUCAAUGUAUGUAAAUGAUUUUUUUUUAAAGUUCACGCCCACACUAAUCCAACACUUGUGCACUUAACAAGAUCUGUGGUAAUGCAUUGAGAGAACAAUCUGUUGUUUCAGUUAAUUGAUGUGUGUAAUAAUUGUAAUUUUUUUUGUUUGAUCAGCACAUAGGGUCUGAAGAUCCUGAGGAGGAACCUCUCCCUGCUGGAUGGGCUAUUGGUAUAGCUCCUAAUGGACGAACUUUUUAUAUUGAUCACAAUACACGUGCAACCAGUUGGGUGAGUUGUUUUAAACAUCUUAAAAUUUGCUAAAUUUACAUGUUUCUUGAUGUCUCUGUGUAAUUCGCUUUAUAUUAACAUGUUUCUUUCUUUCUCUGUGUAAAGCACAUAAAGUCUCACCCUUUCUUCAUUCAAACUUUGACAUGGUGACAAAUUUUAAGAUAGAGCACUUCAUAACAUAGACAGUAGAGGUAUCUAUUUAUGGAUGGUUAGUUUGAAGUGACAGACAGAUGGUAGAUGUAGUCAAAGAUAGACCCAGGGAUAUACACUUAUAGGAAAGAGCCAUCAUUAAUUUUGUUGUUCGAUGUUCAUCAAUACAUAUUUUCUAUAUUACUGUUGCUGAGGAGUUGUUUGACUAUUUUUAGUAUCCUGUGUUGUCUUCAUUCUUCUUUUCAAAGUCUGCGUUAAUAAAUCAUCACAGAGAGAAGCAGCCCUUUAUUAGCCACUGUAACACCAAUACUUUUUGUACAUGACCAUAAGUAAGGGCCAUAUCCACAUAAUUCAGGUGGAAUCAGGGCCACAUAAUUCUGUCUCUUCUCUGAUAGAUUGAAGCAUGGAAAACAAGUUAGGUCACCAAAAAACAAAGUAAAUAGAACACCACUAUUCUGGUGAUCAGUGAAACAAGAUUGAUGGGAGCUGGUUGGGCAAAAUGAAAAGCAGGAAAACAGCUUAGCACUCUGGUCUUUAGCAUGAUGACGGAGUAGCAAUAAUAAUCUUAAAGGGUGUAAAUAAAGUAUUUUUUAUAAAAAAAUCUAUGUUUUUAUGAUGACAGGAAGAUCCUAGAAAGUUAGCUCUGCAUCGAGUUGGAUCUCUUAGAACAACAGAAUCUCCAAGUCCCCUUUUCCGAUCUUCUUCCGUUGAGGACUUAUUACACAACCUUGGUCCUUUACCUGUAAGUUUGUAUAUUUAAAUUAUAUAAAUUUAACAAUUUUUCUUGUUGUUGUUUGUAUUCCUUAUUUGGAACAUAAUUUAAGUCUCAAGUGCAUGUAUCAAGUUAUCAGUUAUUAAAUUCUCACCUAUGGUGUUAAUUGCCAGGCUGCAUUGAUAUAACUAUUGUUGAAGGAAAUUUUUGACACAAAUUCACAACCAUCUGUUCAGUCAACAGACAUACUUACUCUUAUGAUUUUGGUGUACAAUGUAUGAUUUUGAGAUUUCAUUUAUGAUUGUACACUGAGACCUGUCAGAACCCCUGUGGGGGGAAAUGGGGGGGUGGGGGGGGUGUUGGUACUUGUCAAUUCAUCAAGGCCAAAAAUAGAAUAAACAGCAGCUUAACUCCUGUUCCGUAGUUUUGAUAAUAAUUGGACAUCUAUGGGAUGACUAGGUCCACUGGUUGACCUCAACCAUAGUGGCUAACUGGUUCUGAAAAAUAAACAUAUUGCAUUGUUACCAUAAAAUCUUUUACUGAUUUGUUCUUACUUUCUUCUCUUUUUUUUUUAAACUUUACUGUAACAGCCUGGUUGGGAAGAAAGGACACAUUCAGAUGGCAGAGUGUUUUUCAUUGAUCACAGUAAGUUAUAAAUGGAUCGAUCAAAAAUGGAUCAAUUUAUUUUUUACAACUGCCAACUUAGUGAUAGAUAUAUUUUAAAAUUCUACUUGAAUAUAAAUGUCUAUAAUAAAACUUCAAUACUAUUUAUAUCUUUAAUAUUUUUUGUUGAUAUUGAUUCCUUAUUCCCAGUGUAGGGAAUUGAUUAACCAUUUCCACAUAUCUGUCUCUACUUUUAAAGUAUUUGAAUGCAGUUUUUUUUAACGUUCUUUGUAAAAUACUUACUUCUGCCUUCUUUGGUAGUCUACAGUAUAUAAUUGUAAAGCAUAGAAUACAGCAUUUUCAACUUGUGUGUAAGAUGAUAAUCAGCUAGUUUUAAGGAAUCAACACAACACUUGUUUAGGCUGUUAGUUUAUUAAUCCUACUGUCUCCUUAUGUGGGUUAUCAAUCUCGCAUCCAACCCUGACGGGCCAGGUCUUGUCUUCUUGAGUUGUGGACUGUUUAUUUCUAAUGGCAGUCUUUCCUGCAGUCUUUCUUGGCAGGACCACUGGACUCAUGAAACUUGACGCAUUUCUCCACUCCAGCCAUCCCAGCUUAUAUUCUCUAAACUUUCUACCCUUGUCUGAUCCAACCACAUUUGGAACCCUGGCCGAAUUUGCAGCAUAUUUGUUCUCACAUGCUCAACAUGAAAAGGUUGACUUUUCAUCUUAAUACAACAGCCCUACUCCAUCUCCCAUAACUACCUUUGUGCCCGCCUAGACAUCUAACAUUGAUCAAACAUUCCAUCUCUAUACUUGCUGAUGUUUUCAAAGACAGUGAUUCUUUUCAAUUGAAUUUUCCCAAUAUGCCCUGCCUAGUGCAUUAUGCAAACAAACAUCAAUGGUCAUUUCCAGGCUCUGUGUUCUAUUUUAUGCAUAUUUUGUUCCAAGGUUAGACAUGAGCAGUUGCCUUUUAUUUUUGGAAUAUAGGUGGUUUUUUUUGACUGCCAUCUUUGUUAUCUUCCUUGUUUUGUUGGUAAAUGUCAGCUGGGGAAUCACAGUUCUGGACUGCUGGCAGUGCUUUUCUCUGCAAAAGUAGCAUAUUGUCAAAAAAUUUCAUUAUUGCAAUUUAAAUUAUUUAACAUAAUGGCAAUUAUUCCUUGAUCUACUGUGACAAAAUUUUGCUGCUUUCAAUAUUCCAAUUCUUAUUUCUAUGCUUAAAUUUUUUUUUACCUUAAAUCCAUUUAUCUUCCUUUAUAGAUAAUAAAACCACUCAUUGGGAGGAUCCUCGUUUACAAAAGAUUGGUGGUCCAGUAAGUAUUUUUUCAAUAAGAUUGUUACAUAGAAAUGAAAAUCACCAAUUCUGAUUUCCCUCCAAAGAAACAUUUGAAUGUGUCAUUAUAAUCACCAAUGGUCCUUAAUUUUUCGGUUCUUGGAUCUAUUUUUUGGGGUCGCUAAAUGUUGGCAUGGAGUUAAAUUACUAGCACCUUCGUUAUAUUUUGAAGGUCAGAAUUAGAAACUGAUAAAAAAACAGUGAAUUUUAUUUUGAACCAAAAAAAGGUAAACCUGCAAAUAUUUUAAUUGCCAGUCUCAGAAAAUUUUAUUGCUUGAUAUAUUUCUUUCCAUCACAUUUGAUACCACACAAAUAAUCACUAUAUAAUUUUGUUAUGAAAUUGAUUUAAAUGAUAACUUUCAAUUUAGGCUAUUCCAUAUUCAAGAGACUACAAGCGCAAAUAUGAAUACUUCAGAUCAAAGUUACGAAAGCCGGUGAGUAGAUUUAGCAAAGUUAUUCAAUAGUCACUGUUCAAGUUAAAAAACGAACUAAUUUUUUACAACCGAAUUGGACGUACUCUGACAAGUCUAUUUGAACAAAUUGGUAAUACAAUGAGAUAUAAUAUGAGACUUAAAAGGCUGCUACUUAAAUAUUUUUUUUUACACAAUUUAGCCCUCACAUAGGUCAAAAUGUUUUCUUUUAGCUUCAUGGUGAUCAUAUUUUUAUGUUAAACUGAGCAAAAACAAAAUGAAAUAAAAAUACUGGUUUUGCACACUACUCAUUUAACUCAUUUAUAAAGGAGAUUUUUUUUGGUUUGAUGAUUUGAUUAAAGUUAAAUUAUUCAACAACUCAAUUUGGACUAAAUUAACUUGUUUGAGAAUACUCAUCAAAUCAGCAGUGAAAUGUUGAUAAGGUUAGACUUGUGCUGUGCAAGCCUGUUAUUUAUAAAUGAAUGGUUUUUGAUGUUGGUUCAAUAGCUGUUAGUGAGUUUUUCAACUUUCCAGAGUUCUUUGCCAAAUAAAAUUGACAUCAAAGUGACAAGGAGGAAUGUCUUUGAGGAUUCCUUCAGGCUGAUAAUGGGUGUAAAAAAUCCAGAGAUGUUGAAAACAAGGUGAUUAUUUAAAAUUUGUCAUUAUCAUCUAUUCUCAAUCACCAAGUAUUUGGAUUGACAAUGUCAUUGUUAUUUUGGAGCCUUUUUUUUUUAUUAUACCCAGGGUAAUUGCCCACUGUUGAUUUUAGUACUCAUCUUUACUGUUUUCAUCAAAAAAAUAUAAUCUACUCCAAGCAUGACUUCGAAAUUUGAGCAUUAUUGACUCCAGUUUUAGAAUAUUCUGAAGAAUGGCAACAAAAUGCCAGGGUAUUACAGGGUAAUUUUACUUUUAUAAAUAAAAAUUGUAGAAAGAACACAAUUUUACUCCUAUUUCCAAAAAUCUUUUGUCAAAUUAUGUAUUUGGGAAGAAAUCUUUUAAAUCUCUUUCAAAAACCCACAAGGCAAAUGCUCUUGUAUAUAUGUUUCAUUAUUUCAGGUUGUGGAUUGAAUUUGAUGGGGAAAUCGGUCUAGAUUAUGGUGGAGUCUCCAGAGAAUGGUUUUAUCUUCUAUCCAAAGAAAUGUUCAAUCCUUACUAUGGACUUUUUGAAUAUUCUGCAACGUAAGUUUAAAACUUAAGGAAACUCAUUUCAUUAAAUCUUUAAAAUAUUUGUGAAAUUAUAAUAAAAUUAUAGUUAUCAAAUAUAAUCUUCACAUAUCUUGCCUUAGUCACUAUACCACAAUUUUUUUUUUCCACCAGGGAUAAUUACACACUUCAGAUAAAUGCUCUCUCUGGGCUUUUGAAUGAAGAACAUCUAGAUCUACAAUACUUUGAAUUUGUUGGUCGUAUUGCAGGAAUGGCAGUUUUCCAUGGAAAGUUAUUAGAUGGUAAGUACAGUACCAAUAUGUAUGCAUAGAGUCAUGGAGUAAAACUAAUUUGUUGUCAUUUAAUCUUGUUAGUUAGAAGAAGUAAAUUUUUAUAUGAAAUAAAAUGAUGCAAUAAAUCCUUCUAUUCACCCCACAGCCUUUUUCAUCAGACCUUUCUACAAAAUGAUGCUGAAGAAAGCCAUCACAUUAAAUGACAUGGAGUCAGUUGUAAGUAAAAAUGAUGUGGAAUUUAAAAUUGAAUUUAUUUUAUUAUGUCUUUCCAAAUAUAUUAUUACCUUGUAUAGCAUAUUACAAAGUUAAUAUAAGCAAAGCCACAUUUGAAGAUUUAUUGAAAAAUAUUGUGCCUUUUGUAACACUUAUUUUUUUUAAUGAAUUUUUAUUUAUAUAUGUUGAAGCCAUAUCCUAAUGUAUAUAAACACAUAAAAGCAGUUCCAGCGAUAUAUUUAGAAUUUGAGAACUAUUCCUACUGUUUAACAUUUGUUUAAUAAGCAACAUUUACAUCCAAGCCACUAAAUUUGGUUUAAUUAUUAGUUUAUUUAUUUCAUUAUUUAUUCAUUGUAUAGUUUUCAUAUUAUAACUGCUAUUUUCUUUACAGUAUAUUUAUAAUUCCAUCACUUUCUGCUAUAAAUAAUGCGAUACUGAACGAGGUUUAAAAGAAAUAAUAUUUUUUUAAAUAGUGUUCUGGAAGUGUUUUGCUAGGAGUUUAACUUCUCAAGUACCGGGUACUCCAAACUUGCACCCCUGAAAUGAAUGGGUUGAAAUUUUUGUAUAAAUUAAUUUAUUUACAGGAGGAAGUGUAAAAACCUUGUGAUUUGGCUUAAUUAAAUAGUCCAAUAAUUUCUUAUAAAAUCUUUUAUGUUUGAUUAGGAUUCAGAGUACUACAACUCUCUAAUUUGGAUACAAGAUCACGAUCCAACAGAGUUAGACAUGUACUUUUCAGUUGAGGAAGACCAGUUUGGUGAGGUAGGAUAUCUUCAAGUUUUGAGUUUAUUUGCAAACCUUUUUUAAAAGUCUAUGUUAAUUAUUCAAUGACUUAAAAGUACAGUACUUAACAUUUAUUUAGUUUUAGUUGAUGUAAUUAAUCCAGAAUAAUUAACAUAUCUUUUUUUUUUUAAUGCUGUUCAGAUUAAGGAGAAAGAAUUGAAACAAAAUGGAAAAAAUAUUCAAGUAACAAAUGAAAACAAACUUGAGUAUAUAAAGUAAGUCAGCUCUCUCCAUUUUCAAUCAUCGAAGAUUUUGUGAUGUCUUUGCAACAUAAAAAUUAAUUAAAGGGUGAAGUGCUAUUUAAAACUUAAUCUGAAGAUAUGGAGGGGGGGGGGGGUGUAAUUUAUUAAUGUUUAAAUGUUUCCAAGUGUGUUCCUUACUUUAAUUUUUGUUAUAUUUAAAAAAAUUAAAGGGUGAAGUGCUAUUUAAAACUUAAUCUGAAGAUAUGGAGGGGGGGGGGGGGUGUAAUUUAUUAAUGUUUAAAUAGUUCCAAGUGUGUUACUUACCUUAAUUUUUGUUAUAUUUAAAAAAGAUUAUAAAUUAAAAUCAGUUUGUGGCAUUUAUUUGAACAUUUUUAUUGCUUCAUUUUUGUGGCAUCUUUAUAUUUUUAGCUGCAUAAUUAAGUGGAGGUUUUCGUCAAGAAUCGACACACAAAUGAAAGCAUUUAUGAAAGGAUUCAAUGCUCUCAUUCCGCAGGAUUUAUUACAAAUAUUUGAUGAGAAUGAAUUGGAGGUAAAUAUUUUCUGCCUGAUGCUUUAUCUUUGCUUUUUUUAAGUUUAAAUUUAAUUCUAAAAUUUGUAAAAAUCAAACCUUGGGUUUCAUUAACGUGAAUAAAUCAUUUAAACCGAUGGCAGCUGCAAGACUGGAUAAUUUCUCUUUAAAUUUCAUUUUAAAAAAAAUUCUAUUGUAACUGAGCCUUACAAAAUAAUAACUUUUGGUCAGUGCAUAAAGAGCAGUGCAAUCUAACAUAGGUUCUAAAGUUCAGUAGCAUAUCCUCCUGGGAUUAUGGGAUGGUUAUAACUUCUCUUAGAGCCCUUCUUUUGAAGCUUAAUUACAAAGAAUAUGAAUUUAAAAUUCUUGGAAAUGCUAAUGCCAAGAGUAAGUAGUGUAGGUCUUAAAAAUGCCUAUUUAGAAUUUUAAAUUAUUUUAACUUUUUUAUUUGGUUUCAAUUUGCAUGUGAUUCUCUUAUCAGAAUAAGUAUUUUAUACUUAUAGUUUUACCCCCAAUUUUUUGUAGUUGUUGAUGUGUGGACUGCAAGAUGUUGAUGUUAAUAAUUGGAAACAGAAUACAGCCUAUAAAGGAGAAUAUAAUCCAAACCAUCCUGUCAUCAUCAACUUUUGGAAGGUACUCAAUAUCAUUUAUGUUCUAAUACCAUUGAUAUAACAUGUACAUUUGUCUAACAUAAAUACUUUAAUUGUUCUAUUACAUAAUGCUUUUGAGCAAAAAUACAAAACUAAAAGUCAGAUAAUUUUAAAAUCCAAAAUGUCAAAAGCUUUUAGAUCAGAAAUUGUCUCUUUUUCCCCAGUGCGUUUACUCUUUCAACAAUGAAAUGCGAUCCAGGCUUUUACAAUUUGUCACCGGCACCUCAAGAGUUCCCAUGAAUGGUUUUGCAGAACUUUAUGGCAGCAAUGGGCCACAGCUUUUCACGAUAGAGAAGUGGGGCAACACUAAUCAGUUCCCAAGGGCUCACACUUGGUAAUUGAAAGUUAUUAGCUAGUGUACACAUUUUGUGCUUUUGUGACAUGAAAACUCACAAUUAAUGUUAUAUCACUUGGUGUUCACCACAUUAUUAAACAAGUAAUGCUAAUAAUAUUUAUCAAAAUUAAAUUACAGUUUCAACAGACUGGACUUGCCACCUUAUAAUACUUACCAUGAACUGAGAAGUAAACUUAUGACAGCCAUAGAGAACACUCAAGGAUUUGAAGGUGUCGACUGAACAGCAGUGAAGCAGGUGCAAGCAUUCAAUCAAAUCUAAAGGAUUGCAUUGUAUAUUUUUUCUAGGGGGCUGUUAUCAUAAAAUGGUUAUUUACAGACUGAGACUCUUGAUUUGGUCUUAUUCAUUUGCUCUGAAAUCUGGACACAGUUUUAUGCGUUAGGUGUACUUUAUCCUAGUCAAAUGUCAUUUGAGAGUAGUUCAAAAUUAUCUUGGACAAUAGGCCCUACAUAUCUGUUAGCCAUAUUCCAUGUGAUUAAUUUGAAAUUAUAUUGAACUGCCCCAAUAAAACUAAAAUUGGAAGCCUCUUUAAAAUACAUCUGCCAAUGUAAUGCAUUUCUGAAAGGGAUAAAAAUUGUUAAAACCUCUUUAAAUUCUAACGUUGUUGAUCUCAUUUUAGGUUAUAUUAUCUCGGAUGUGUCAUUAAAAAAAUGUAAGGAUCAUCAUCAUUUGUUAAAUCUCUGCUUAAAAACUCAAAAGUGUUAGAUUGUAACUUUAGAAUACUUUUAUGCCUUUUCUGCCACUCUUAGUGAAAAAGUAAGAAAUGACUUUAUUUAUUUUUUCCAAAAAUGUGUCAUGCUAUCACAUGAAUACAUUUGAAGUUGCUUUUAUUUUGUUAAAUUGUAAAGAGAUUCUUGAGCAAUAAAUUUAAUUUUUUAAAAAGAUUUUCAACAUAAGUAAAUGUGUGUUAGGACUCACCAAUACCCUUAGUAUUUAUUUACCAUGUGAUAAAGGCCAGUUUUUAAUCUCUGUCACUAAUAAACUUAAUUUACCUAUUGAAGUUUUGCAAAAGUAAAUCCAAAAAUCCAAUAUCAAAAGAAAAAAAAAUUCUUGGAAAAUUAUGAUUAGAGGUGCUGAAAUAUUAAAUGUAGAAGAUUUUUGGCUUAUAUAUUCUAUGUUAGGGAAAUCCUCAUCAUGGCAUUAAAUUUGAAAUUGUUUUUAUUAUAUCUUUGUGAAGUGAAAAUGUUUUUGUUUUUUUUAAAACAAGGUUGUCAAAUCUAUUUUAUGCUUUUUUUAUACUGUUAUUAAAAUUUUGUUAUAAUUUAACAAGUUUGUUGAUCCAUCGUUUGUAGAGCAGUAAAUUUUAACUGAAAGAAUUUGAAAUGGAGUAAAGCUAUAACGAUAACAUUAUGAUAAUGGAUUUCAUCAAAGUCAGUUUGAUACAUGGAGUGUGUACAUUUAUUCAUCAUAGUUAAUUUCUAACAUGUCCUUAUUGAAAAUUCUAUAAAUUAUGCUUUUUUAAAAUGUUUAUUACAAACCAGGGAAAGUUAGAUGCCUCAUAAAAUAAUUCAUUUAUAUAGAAAGUUGAUCUCCCACAAUUUAACUCAUUUGUUAGUAGAUUUAGUCAGUUGAAAACUGCUUCAUUUCUAAAUAUGUAUUUUUAUUUCUGUUAUGCAAAAAUUUUGUCAUUUGUAUUUGUUUCUGUUUCAUGUUACAGUAUUGCCGACAGAAUGAGGCCCAACAUCAAUCAAUUUAUUAAAAUGGUCUUGAUCGAGUUCGACUGCCAAACUAAUACAUUAAUGCUAACUAGCUUUAUCAAAUAAAUAAAAACCAAUAUUUGUGACAAAUCUUCUUAGAAAACUUAAGCUAUCCCUCCUACGUGUAGUCAUGAAAUUUGUUGUUGAAUGAAUGAAAUAAGUUGUUGCAGGCUUUAUGAAUAAAUCUCAAGAUUUCAGUCCAUUGUGGUAAAACCUAUUUCAAAGCUCUGUGAGAAGUACAUUGCCUGAGGGAAACAUCGUCCUCGAUUCCCUGCUUUACAUUGUAAUAAGCAGUAAGAGUUGGUAGAUCUUUAGUAUUGAUUAUUUCAUUAAGAAUAUAAAAUUUUUAGAGACAUUCCUAGAUAAAUAUGUUCAAUGCUUUUGUAACAUUCCUCCAAAAAUAUUUAGUUUGUAGUUUGUUUUUUUAAAAUGUCGAAGCCAUCACAUUAUUUUUGUUUUGAGAUCAGCAAGAGGUCAAUACAGUUAUAAAUAAUUUAAAAUAAAAGUUAAGCAUUCUUUCCAAAGCCGUUUUCAAAGGGACUUAACGAGCAUGUAAAAAAUAGUUUAGUUGAUAUCCAUGUAAAAAAAAUUAAAAUCUUUCUCAUAAGGAUUUUCAGCGUCCAAAAUGGAUAUUUAUGUGUGUAUUAUUGGCUCAUUUUAUUCUAUUAGUAAUAUACAAUUAGCUAAUACUAAUAUUUUUGUAGCUACAAAAUUUCAUUGUAUUAUUAUUAUUAUUAAGGGUAUGCAAACUAUGAUUCUAUCUUCAGUACCGGUAUAUAUGUGGUUGGCCAAGUAAAAAAAAAAAAAAUUAAAGGAAAAUCCCUAAUGGUGUUCAGAUCAUUGUUGUGAGAGGUUAUUUCUUUAAGUUCUUCAUGCAUGCAAAUCUGAAGUGGAACUAAAUUUUAUAUUCGCAAGCCAUUAUGUAAAGACUUACUUUCAGUUUGGCAUCAUGUAAGUGAAGUUUGGAAACACUAACACCCCCUUCCCCCCACUUUAGGAACGUGGAUGUAACUCAUUUGUUUGGUUAUAAUUUUUUAAAAUAAAAUAUAAUAAUAACUGAUUUAUCCCUUAUUCAUAUUACAUAGAUAUUUGCUUACAGAAGAAACAAAUUGCCAACAUCAAUAAAAAUAGGUCACUGCACUUGUUCUUUUUCUUGUUACUAUUACAAUGGUAUUGUUUUUAUCCCCUUACAAUGUACAGUUUCUUCCAUUUCGUCUUAUGUAUGCAGUUCAUUAGAACAAAUUAAAUUGCACUCGCAUUCAUUCAUAUGCUAUCAUUUACUAUCAUGUUUAUCUAUUCCCCAACACAACUUUUUUUUAAAUUAAAAAAAAUGCUACAAAAUUAAUAUGGAAAAUGUAAAAUAGCUUUCAUUAAUCUACAUGUGUUCCUAAAUUGCUCAGUUUGAUUAUAUCCCAGAUGAUUUUACAGGUCAUACUUAUAACACUCUUCAUCAGUUUUAUAGAAUAUUUUAUAUUGUAUACAAGACUUCAGAUACAGCAAGUACUGUGGACUCAAAAUGCUAUUUCAUUAUUUAGGGAAAGGUUGUUAAAUAUAAAAUAUUUGAAGUAGAUUUCUCUUCUCUCUCUCCUCACCCCCUCCCCCGCAAAAAAAUAUUUUUAUUACUGUGAUAUUUUUAAUUUUUUUUUUUGAAAGUGUCAUAUUAAAUUAAUCUGAUAAUGCAUUUACAUCUGAUAGUGCACAACAAAUACUGUGCCUUUUGGAUAUUACCAUUAGUUGCCAUCGUUUGUCCACCUUUCAGAUUAUCUUAUUAAAUAGUGACUAAUCGUAUACUUGUCUGCAUUAAUACAUAAUUUGUAAACUAAUGAACCCUUUUUAUUUGGUUGUUCUUUUUUUUUUCCAAUAAAUGUUUCAUUUGAC